UUUAAAUGAAGUCCCCACCAACGUCUAACGAACCAGUGUUAGAUACGAUUUAAAUCACUGCUAAGGUUAACAGUGUUAUUUUUCUGUCUCUAUUUUGUUGUUUUAAAUGCAACUCAAACCGUCGGAAAUAUUGUAUUCACAGGAUUCGAUCAAUAUUUACUUCGAUUCGAAAUCUAGCCAUGAUGGGCACAAACUUGGAGAAACCCUGGACGAUAUAUGCGAGGGAAACUGCAGCUUUGAAUCAGUACCUGCAAUUACCGUAGUUAACCAAGACGGAAAGUGGAUGACAACGAACAACCGACGUCUUUGGGUCUUUAAGGAGCUCGAAUUGCUCGGGAGGUGUCUUACUGUACCGGUCAAUGUCGGAGAAAGUAUUCCGGAAGCGAGGCGUACUACGAGAAACGGUGGGCUGUCGAUUAUUAUCCGCGGAUACCUAGAGGGUAGAAGGUACCAGGAACAUGAAAACAAGGACCAUUACCAGAUUGUUCCGAACUCAACAAGGUAUGAUGACAGCGAUUCGGAUGACAACUUCACACACAGUGAUAACUCCGACAACCAUGACAACGACAGUGAUGAAUGGUGAUAUGAAAUGUCUAACAGUUGAAUAAUACGUGCCAUAUCAACUUAAAUUGCACUGUUUUUAUUAAAUUACUUUUUAUUUAAAUAAUGAAAUUUAGCCUUAAAGAAUGUUGUCGAUCGUCUGUGAUACAUCGUCAUCUGUGAUAUUGUUUUUAUAGUAAAAGGGGAUUGAUUGUACUGUUUUCAUGUCACUUUAAUACACAUAUUUAUUUGAUACAAAUUCAUAAAGCGUGUUCUUUAGUUUUAUAUUUGUUUUAUCAUACAUAUACAUAUGGAGUAAGACCAACCUUCAGACAAAGCCAGAUGCGCAGGAAGGUGGGGAACAAAAACGGGUUGGCUGUGUUUUGUUUUCGAUCUUUCCAUGAUUUCAAGCAAAGUCAUAUUGUUAAUUACAUCAUGUUGAUUACUCGUCGCAUAUCUAAUUGUUGCUGUUGUCUGAUUCAUUGUGACCCCAUCCACAUUAUAUAAAAUACGUUUAUCUUAAUUUUUGUUCGCAGUCGAGUUACUUCAAUAGAGCUUUUACUUAAUUUACUAUGUCGCUUUUAAACAGCCAUAUCAUAUCUAUAUAAUGACAAGAUACUUCUAAAACAAGCAGUGUACAAUAGACCUGUUUCAUCUGGAAUGUUAAAAUAAUGCAAGAUGAAUACCUUGAAGACGAUUUUACUGAAAAUGUUAUAAUGGGUUAUGUAAAUAUACGUUAUUAUUGAUUGUUUUUGGCAAA